AUCAAACUUGGUACACAUACAUCUUAUACCAAGUGAAAAUAUUACAUAGAGAGUACAUGAUUUGUCUUGUUUUUACGAUGCAAAGAAAGCACCCUGAUGAUUGCUGAGACUACUUGAAGCCAAGUUCUACAAAUCAUGGUGCAAGAAAAACACCAUAUAUUAGUUUUUCACGGGCGUAUUAUGUACCGUUGGCGGUACUGUUGUUCUUUCUUAGAGAACGCAAACCAGAAAGGGAAUGGAAGCAUGAGUAAGGGACACGACUUCUUCGAGGCGUUGUCAUCCUCUCCAUGGAUCGCUUCCAUUUCAGGGACAGGCACUCUUAUUUUCCUGUGUAUAUUCACUGCAUUAUGGAGAAAAUGUUACAAAUCAAAGAUAAAAUGGAAAACUACUCUCCGAUCAGGAAUAACCACCAAUGAUAAUGCAAACACGGUGUCUGGUUCAUGUUGCGAGGCCAAAACCCAAAGUUCAUGUAAACGUCUCCCAUGCAAAAACUGUGCCAUGAAUUUCAACGCAAAGAUCGUGGUUAAUGAAUAUCCUCUCACACAUACAAGUUCAUCCCGGGAAAAGGAAGACCAAUUCAGCCAACUAUAUUCUACGAUUGGCAAUGAAUAUGAUGUACACGAAUGUCCCAGUUCUGAAAACGAUAUCAAUCUUAUUCCGUUGGAAAUUGAUGAAAAGUACAUCAUGGUAACCAAUACCUCAUCUGCAAUUGAUACCUCAAGUGCGGGUUUUCAACUGGCUCCAGGUAAAUACGGAGCGAAUGGUGUUCAACUGGCUCCGAGUGAAUACAGUGCAAAUGGUGUUCAACUGGUUCCAAGUAAAUACAGAGCUUAUUUUCGUUUGGAAACAUCAGAAGCACAAUAUGUUUCCCCAAGCACAUCAGAAGUUUUUAUCGCGGAGAAUUUACCUCCUCCAUGUUUUGAAGAUUUGGAGUAAGAUUUCGUUCUCCCAGUUGGUGAUGGAACCAGAGAGGUACUGUUGCCUUUGGGUGGCGGGUUGUUUAACAGCGUCCUCACACGAUGUAUAGAUGUAGAAAGUUUGAAUGCCAACUCCCGAUAGUAUAAAUUUGUUUGUACGGCGAUGCCUAAUAAACUUUCAUAAACAAUUGAUAUGGUGUUGAUAAAAAUCUUUAAUUAUUUGAGUGACAUGACUUGAGAAUAUACCAAUAAAUCAAACAUUGUUGGCCUUUAUUGUAGGUUCGUGUACUAUGGAAACAGAUUCUUGCGUAGGUCGUUCAAAAUUAUAAUAUUAGAAAUUUUUUUUUGCACAUUUGAAUUAAAUGAUUGUCCGAAGUUUUCAAACCACGUUUGAAAGUUAAUUAGACAUAGAAAAAGAUAGUGUACAUGGUUAGAGUGCAGGGAUAUAAUGGAAAUUUGAAUGGUCUAGAUGUAUUUUCAAUUAUUUCACAGAGUGAAAAGACUAUGAUUUUUCAAAGUACAAGUAUAAAAUAUUAUUAUAACAAGCGUAAGGUUCAUGUAUAAUAUAGGUAUAUUGAUUGAUUGAUUAUUGUUUUACGUCCCUCUUGAGAAUAUUUCACUCAUAUGGAGACAUCACCACUGCCGAUGAAGGGUUGCAAAAUUUAGGCCUAUGCUCGGCACUUAUGGCCAUUGAGCAGGGGGGAUCUUUAUCGUGCCACACCUGCUGUGACACAGGACCUCGGUUUUGCGGUCUCAUCCGAAGGACCGCCCCAUUUACUCGCCUCUUGCGACAAGCAAGGGGUACUGGGGACCUAUUCCAACCCGGAUCUCCACAGGAUGAAUAAAUGCAUACAUGUAUGUAUACAGUGGCUAAACCGGAUCCACCUAUUCAUAUAAAUACAUGUGUAAUUCUAGUUUUGAAAUAUAACAUGCAACUAAAUACAUGUAGAUAUUCUUUGCAUCGUAUGACCAUCUAUUGUGCAAAUGCCUGUCUUGUUGUGUGAAUAAGUGUACAAGUAGUUCUGUAUCUGUGUUUAUCAAUGAUAUUAACAUGAUUCAAAUAAACGAAUUAUAAGCCACAA